GACAGCAUCAUCUGCGUUUCGACACCAACGCCUCGGAUGACGCUCAGGAUAACGCCGCAAGUCCCAAGUUUUAAUGGCACAAUCUUCGUUGAAGGGAAGGUCAAAACUACAGCAUGUCGCAUGGCCUUAGUAUCGGGCACGACCCAGACGUACGAGCUGACCCUCACUCACAUUCACAGCACGUGCGGGAACGCUGUCCACAACGCCAGUACCGACUCCAACACUAGGAAGUUUUACGUUUUGUUUGCCAGCAACAGCAUCGUGUUGACGUCCGACGAGGUGGUGACUGCUAUCUGCGACGACACCCACAGCACGGCAGUCACCUUCCAACUCAGCAGCAUCGACAUUGACGGUAUCUUGAGUCCUGUCGGGGUGGACAUGAGCAUCAAAGAUGAAGACGUGAACCUAACGCUGACGGUAUUAGGCAGUCCCGUCUCCAGCAGCGUCAACCUGGGUGACGACAUCAACGCUACUAUAGAAAUGACGGCCGCUGGUAUGCUUAAGUUUGAGGCCCUCCGUGUCGAAGGUUGUGUAGCCAGCAACACACUGACAGGCGGAGACUUGAAGUCGGUCAGAUUCAUCGCGGCCAGGUCCAGUGUGGUAGCGAGUCCCAGCCCUACACCGGUUACGGGAGGAAGAAGCGGGUGGUACAGUCAGGCAUUUUCCUGGAGAAGAAGGUCCGGACGACAUACCGUGUACAGACAGUCGGCGUACAGAGCACAAACAGUACUCAAGUACAAGGCAUCUUCGUUAGCAACAGAGGAAAUGACGUCCCACUGAGCUUCAACAUAGUUGGUUCGGCAAUUGUUCUUGUGCUGUUUUUAUGAAAAGUGGUUCAGUGUUCCCAAAUUAUCAAAAGGGUUGUGUACAAGAGACAGGGGGAUACUUGGUCAUGGUUCGUUUAAAAUCAUGGGACCUUGUCCAAAAAAGAUCAACUUCCAUACCCUUACCACCCCCGAUUAUCCAGGGUUCCAUGCCUAUUAUGACUCUUUUAAUAGUCACCCGUGAAGAUCCGGGUUAGAAUUGAUCUUCAGUAACCCAUGCUUGGCGUAAG